GUUAUUAUGUAGACAUUUAUCAAUGAUAAUCUUCAUUAGGGAGUAAAGAAGAAAUGGAGAGAAUUGAAGAGAUUGUUCAUUUAUCAUUUGUGCAUUUUUUUCUCACCUGAGUAAACUCUUGAUUGGAAACGUAAAAAGAACAAAAUUGUCCAUUAAAACCGUGAAACUAUAAUAAUCCAUCUCUACCUUUAUCCAGAAAUCUUUUCCUUUAACACUCAAUUUCAUCCAUAACCAUAUUCAUCAUUAGCAACUGGAAUCAUCAUUACCUUUGACCACUGAGAUCGUCUUCAGCCAUUACCAGCACAGUAACUCUACCAACAUUAAGCCAUGGUGAUACAAUAACAUUCCUACAGCAGCUAACCAGGUUUUAAAAACCAAGAAGUAAGAAGAUAUAAUCAGGAAAAAAGGAGAAGGGAAUUAAUCUCGAGAUUGAAAGUUAGUUGAAAUUGAAACAAAUAAUUGUCUUUUGUUCCAUAUUUUUGUUGCUACUCCACUUCACCUAUUGAAUUGAAGGAGAAAGUUGGAAAGUACUAUACGAAACAAUUGCUGAUAGCAUCUGAUUAAAUCUGAUGCCUGUUUCGUUUUACAUUUAAUACUCAUGAAAGGAAACAUCAAACUAUCUUUAAUCCUUUUCACCUUGAUCUGGUUUCCAAAUUCUGGUGAAGAUCAAGUCGAGAGAUUCAAUUUUAAACGAGAUUUCACAGCAAACACUGAUCUUGCCUGUUCAAUAGGGAAAGAACCUUAUGUAUUUACUGAAGAUUAUCCAGUUGGAAGGAUUAUAUCACCAGGAUAUAAUGUUGAAGCAUUUUACACCAAAAAUGUUUUCUGUAAAUGGUUAAUCAAAGCUCCACCGGGAAAAGUAAUUUUAAUUUCGAUAGAAAGGUACAGUUUUGGCCUGGAUGAUGAAGGUUCGGCAAAACUGAUCAUUUACGAUGGACCAGAGGAAAAGCAAUUAGCUGUGGCAACUCGCCGGUUCAAUUUGAGUAAAAUAUUUACAUCUAAAACAAAUCAAGUAAAAAUUGUCUUCAAUGGUGCUGAGAGGGGCAAAGGUUUUGAAUUUUACUAUAAACACAUUGACCCUCCACAAGAAUGCUCCCUGACUCUUGACAAACAAUGCCGCAAUAAAUUUCAAUGCUACUCAAAAAGUGAUAUCUGUGAUUCGAAAAAUUCAUGUAUAGAUGGUACCGAUGAGGAAGAUUGCGUCCGAAACGAACAUGAUUUAUCAUUUCCCGAACAAUGUGGAACUCCAGUCAUACCACCUUCAAUUCUAGGAGCUCAUAUUUAUGGAGGAGAAAAAGUAAUCCCAGGAAGUUGGCCUUGGUUGGUGUCAUUGCGUUAUCCCAAGUCAGCACCUGUAGAUCAUGUUUGUGGUGGUGUGCUACUCAAUCGUUUGUGGGUUGUAACAGCAGCUCAUUGUCUCCUCUUUGGUAACACAAAAUUAUUUGAAGUUGAUUUUGGUCGAUUCAAUUCAAUGAUUGACACGAGUGGCAAAGAAGUUAAAAGAUAUAUUGACCAAUAUUUCACUCAUCCUUCCUUCAUGGCUGAUGGCACUGUUCCAGAGAACGGAAACUUUACCAAAUUUGACAUUGCUCUCAUCAAAUUAAAUGCCCCAGUUCCCAUUGAUAAUGAUUACAUCAAGCCCAUUUGUUUGCCUGAAUCUGGCCUCGUGAUUGAAGAAAACUCGUCAGCUUUCGUUGUUGGCUGGGGAAAUCCUUCAAAAAUAGACACAGAGGAACUUUUUCUCAAACAAGCCGGAGUUCCGGUAAUAUCUCUUGAUAGAUGUAAAAAGCAACAUCCAUACGACGCAGAUACCCUUGGUGAACAUGUUAUUUGCGCGGGAAAGCUGGAGGGUGGCACUGAUUCCUGUGAAGGUGAUUCAGGUGGACCAUUGAUGAAUUACAAUGCUGCAAAAAAACAAUGGCAAUUAAUUGGAACCGUUAUGUCGGGCGAGAAAAAUUGUGGUGAAGAAGGCAAAGCUGGAGCUUAUGCGUAUGUGCCUUAUUAUCGAAACUGGAUUGACCAGACCAUUAGGAAUAAUUAACGAUUGUUUUACUUGUAUAGAUAAAUUUAGUUUUAAAAUUUUCACACUUUUCUCUUUAUCUCUUUCUUUUUCUCUUUCCAACUCUUGAUGAUAAAAUUAUUGUUAUUAUUGCAUAAAUAUUACGAUUGAAAAAAGACAUGAAAUAUCUCUUCCUCUUGUUUUUUUUCAUAUCAUCAACUGUGGUUGAAUCACAUCUAACAAUCAAAAGUCAAUCAUCAUCAAAUAUGAUAUUUUACUUUAUUUUAAUCUCAGUUUCUCUCUCUCUCACCUCCAUAUUGUUUGAUCCUUGAUUGGAUUUUCAUUAGAUCAUCUGACUUGGAAUUAACAAAGCUCAAUUGUUAUCAAUGUUAUUUAUCCAUUGAUUUUUCUUUCUGCAAACUUUGAGCACAUUUUCAAUGUAAAUAACUUAAUCUUUAAAUGUUAACAAAACAAUUUAUAAACAAAAAUCAAAUGUAAAA